GGGCAUGUCAACUUUCAAAACUUCACGACACGAUUUCUCUGUAUCAUCUCUGUUCAAAAAUUUGAAUAUCAGUCUUUCAAAUUCCUACUUCAAUUCCUAACGGAGCAUGGGCAAAUCGAGGACCAAAAACAAGAAAAGUUCAACCAAGUCCGAAAAGUCUGUCCUCCACUCAGUGGGCAAAGUCGUCUCCAAACGCAAAAUGGCAGACAAUGCUACGGAAUUACUCGAAAAAGCCACUAUCCUUUUACAGACCGGACAAGCCGAGGCAGCUCUUCCUUUAGCUCAGCGAAUACUCGAAAUAUCCGAAGAAAAUUCCGCCGACUCUUUAUCAGCGAUAAACCUUGUCGGGGAGAUAUACGUCGAACUUGGCGAGAUCGACGCCGCUCGAGAAAGCUUUUUACAUGCAGUACAACUCGAUCCAGAAGGCACGAUACCUGAGUCGCAAGGUGGAGGAGCUGAAAAGUUUUUAUGGCUUGCGCAAUUAAGUGAACAAGGUGGUGCAGAUAGUGUGGCCUGGUAUGAGAAGGGUGUCGGCGCUUUGAGACAUAUUAUACAAUCACUUGAACAGAAUGGCGGCUCAGAUACGGCUUCGAUACUUGAUGAGAAGAGGAAGAAGUUAGCAGUUGCUCUGUGUGGUGUGGUGGAAUUAUAUAUGACUGAUCUCUCAUGGGAAGAAGACGCCGAGAGCCGAUGCGAAACCCUUAUCACCGAAGCUCUUCUUGUUGCACCUGAUCAACCAGAUUGUUUGCAGACAUUGGCAUCUGUGAGAAUAUCCCAGGCGCGCAUUGACGAUGCGCGAGCUGCGCUUUCUCGUAGUUUAGAGCUAUGGCAGGACUUGCCACCUGAAGACCCCAAGAUUCCAGAUUUUCCUUCACGCAUCAGUCUUUCGCGACUCCUUAUGGAAGUACAAAUGGAGGUUGAGGCGCUCCAGGUGCUGGAACGAUUGAUCCUUGAGGAUGAUGAGAGUGUUGAGGCUUGGUAUUUGGGUGGAUGGUGUUUGUAUCUGCUGGCAGAAAAAGAAAAACAGGAUUCAUCUGAAGAAAAACGCCACGAAUCCAUGGUUGCCAGUCGGGAGUGGCUCAAACAAAGCUUGAAGCUGUACCAGAAACUUGAAUACGAAGAUGAAAGGCUUAGGGAUCACGCACUUGAACUUGUUCAAGAGCUAAAUAAGGAACUCGGCGAUGAUAUGGACGAUGACAGUGACGACGGGCCUGUUUUCCCUGGUGGUGAUGAGGACGAAGAAGAUUGGGAUGGGGAGAUUGAGGCCGAGUCUGAUGAUGAUGAAGAUCACGAGAUGAAGGAUUCAUAAUGAGUGUAUAUGGAUGAAUUAUAUUUACUACAUUGGAAAGAGCGAUACCAAUU